AUGCCUGGAAAAGAAUUAACUGCCUGGCUAGACGAAUAUUCAUUAUCACAUCAAAAUCCAAUCAAUAUUCUCAUACAUAAGAUAUGUGUGCCAACAAUAACAUUCACACUUUUCGCGAUGCUUUGGUGUUUGCCGAUUGUACCAAAACAUAUUCGUAAUACAAUUUCCAUUGGUCAAGUUGGACUCGUCAAUCCCUCCCUUAUACUCGCACCGAUCUUGGCUUUCUAUUGGAAUCUUUCGCCUCCAUUGGCAAUUGCCAUGACGAUCAUCUUCUUUUUCGUGAUUACAUCGUUGGUCGUGAUGGAAAAGACUCAUGUUCGAAUUUUUCGUUUGGCAUUGAUUAUUUUCAUUCUCGCUUGGAUCGGACAAUUCGUUGGUCACGAAAUUGAAGGCAAGAAACCAGCAUUCUUCAAAGAUCUGCAAUUCCUUCUUAUCGGCCCUCUUUGGACAUUGGUUCACGCUUUCAAAUAUUUCGGCAUUGACUAUUGA